GAACAGCAUUUCAGGAAGAUAGUGAAUCGCCAGUCGUGAAGGAAACUAACUCGGAAGUAGAAACGGAAACGAAAGAAAGAAACAUGGAAGAAAACGUUGACUAUUUCGUUGAAGCAGCUGAGGAAUUCAAGUCUAAGGUCGCUAUAAAACCUCACGAGGGACAUUCUAGUAAUAUCAGCUACAAAAGCUUGUACAUCGACUCACAGAAGAAGAUUGAGGCUUUGAUGGAGGCAAACUAUGCUCUAGUGAGGAAGUUGGAUUUUGCUCUAGGAAAAGUUGAAGCGUAUGAGAAGAUGAAUUUUGCUUUGGGUGCUUCAAAGGAAGUAUUCUUAGUCUCGACUAUGUCGAAACAGAAGGAAGCCACAAUAAAUUUAUCUCCUCAAACGGUUGAAAAAUGUAUUGAUCCUCCUCCCCAUGCAAAGCCAGAUACCACCGAUGAUGAUUCUAAGCGGAAGAAAAAGAAUUACAAGAAAAGUAAUGCCAAGGCUUAGUAAUAAUGUCAAGAGUUGUUUUGAAUGAUAUUAUAUAUGAUGCAAUAGUUAAUGUUUUGCUAUCGUUUAUGUGCCGGUUUAGCCUAUGUUUAACAACGACUCUUGUAAGACCUCCUGCCAUUGAAUGUUGAUGAGUUUGACUUAGUUUUCUUGUGUAAAAUAUCUAUUUAAAAAAAUC